AGAUUGGACCUCUAAACGAUUUGGAGAAAGAACAAGAUUACAGCUUUAUAAACCUGGAAAUCUUGAACCUGGUGGAGAUACAGCUGAGGUUUGGCAUUGGUGGAACACAAACAAAAGAAAACAGUAUCCGUCCUCUAUCUGGGUGACUAUUGAACCUGUAAUGCCUCCGUCCUCCUCUGAACCAACUAUUAGAAGUAUGGUUCCAACCCAACCAGAGUUCGGAAACCAAGGUAACCUGAUAAUUAGUGAAGUAAGUAGCUCCCAGGGUGACCAACCAACUGUAGUUUGGACUAGACUGCCAGGACAAUCUUGUAAGAUCCCGAACACUCGGAGUAUAGAACUUGAAUCUGGAGCCCGUGGCUGUUCAGCCUUAUCCUUCUCGGCCGAUGGCCGCCGAUUAGCAGUAGGGGUGGCUGGUCAAACUACCUCUACCAUUCGUGUUUACGAUAUUCCAUCAGGAAUCCUUGUCAUACAGUUGGAACAGCUUUAUGGACUCGUUUACGAGAUUUCAUUUCAUGAGGAUGGUUUAAUGACUGCUGCAGUGGGAGAUGGAAGAGUAUCAGUGUGGAAUACAGAUACAUGGGAACUAAUUCAUAAACUUGAUCAUCCUUCAUAUAUUUACAGUGCUGGGUUCUAUCCAAAGAAUUCAGAUAUAAUUGCCACAGCUGGAUUCGAUAGAGUAGUUAGAUUAUGGAAGAAGGAAGGAAGAAGAGGCAAGGAUAAAACUUAUUCAGUGGUCCAGGAGCUUUCAGGACACAACAGUCACAUUAACUGCAUUGUUUUUGAUGCAGAGGGACAUUUUCUUUUUUCAGGGGACAAACAGGGCACGAUCAAGAUGUGGGAAUCCCUGGAUAAUCAGAACCAGAUCGGAUUCGAGUCCUCUACAGACUCAUACGCUCGACCUAACACAUUCAGAGAAUGGAGAUAUAAACGAGAAUACAAGGUUGAAGAUCAAGUUUGUAAACUAUCCUUGCAUCCAGGAGGACGGAGAUUAUUAGUUCAUAGAUUAAAUCCUACUUCUCCCCUAGUAAUGCUAGAUCUUAGAAAUGGUAGCUUCAUGCAGACUUAUCCUGAUAUACAGACAUUUCGAGUUCCUGCAGCAAGCUGUAUUACUCCUUGUGGUAGUUGGGUGAUAGGAGGAAGCAACUCUGGGUACUCGGUUGUAUGGAACACAGAUACUGGAGAAAAACAGCAUGUGUACAAGGAUCUACCGUACACUGGUCCUAUUUCUGCAGUACAAUACCAUCCAUUCGACCAUUUCCUAGUAAUUGGCAGCUCAGAACCUAACAGCAAGGUUUGUCUUUACACAUUUGAUAAGAAGAAGGAUAUUAUCAACGAUGAGAAAUCCCAUGAAGUUGGAACACCUCGGGUCCAAGACACUCCCAAAUAUCCAUUUAAGCAGGUUGCCAAAAUAAUCCUAGAUGGGUCUGCGGCUAGGGAAGAAAUGAAAACCCCAGUAGAUUUACAGGACAUCGUUGAGAAACUGAACCUUGCUCUACAGCAGUGCAGAGCAAAGAAAGAGCAUAGUUCAGAUCUGGAAUAAGGUGCAGAGCAAAGAAAGAGCAUGGUUCAGAUCUGGAAUAAGGUGCAGAGCAAAGAAAGAGCAUGGUUCAGAUCUGGAAUAAGGUGCAGAGCA